AUGGGAGAACCAUCCGCAGCGGCGGGCGCGCUUUACGAUGCCUGUAUGGAAGCCGAAGAACCAGGCCAUUACUUUUAUCAGGAUGAUCUUUUGGGCCUUGGCCUCACCACCAAUGUCGAAGCCCUUCAGAAGCUUUGCUCGGAGCUUACGAGAACCCAACGAUUUCGAAUAUAUACAUCCGAAGGCCGACCAUGCUGGAGAUCGAGAGGAGAGAGGGAGGCACGCAAGCUUGUCCUUCUCGCCGACAGCGACCGCAUGGUCUACGAGUGCAUUGAAGCAGCGGGGAGGAAUGGGAUCUGGGCCAAAACGAUCAAGUCCAAGACGAACCUACACCAAAUGGCCAUGAACAAGGCAUUGAAGGCCCUCGAAAAUGGCUCGCUCAUCAAAGAAAUGAAGUCCGCAAAGACUCCUAUGCGGAAAAACUACAUCCUCUUCGAUCUUGAGCCUUCGGAAGAGAAUACUGGUGGUAGGUUUUACACGGAUGGCGAAAUGGACGUGUCCCUCAUCGACACCAUGAGCCAAAUCCUCCUGUACUUCGUGAGCGCGAAGAGUUGGGCAGAGAAAGUGCCAUCACCGGCCGAAAAAGCGGCUCCCGCGGUCAAGAAGCCACCGGGCAAGCGUACACGCAACGAUGUAGAGGCGGACAGCAACUCGGCAGAUUUUGAAAUGGAAGAUACUGGGCAUUACGUCCCCGUUCCUUUCCGCAAAGGCAAUUCGAGGCCUACCGGCUUCUGCGUCCCCCAUCCGCAUGGCUACGCGGGGUAUCCUACGAUUCCGGAGAUCCUCAAGGCAGUCAGGGAAUCAGGGGUCUUCACUGCGGACCUUGUCUUGUCCGAAGAGGGUAUCCAACAACUGCUCGAUGCGCUGGUCUACGAUGGGCAACUUGAGAUCAUGAAAAUUCCUGCCCGAACAUUUGCGGCUGGCUCCAUGAAUACCAGCCGGGCAGGCUCCUCGAUUAGCGCUGAUACCGCCGGCUUAUCCAAUCCAGGAAUAUCAAAACGUCGCCGUCAAGCCGAUCCCGAUGAAGACCUCGAGGAGAUGGCCGUCAAAUCGGUUCGCAGAAGCCGUCCGACAAUCGGCUACCGAACCACCCGUCCGUUAUUGCGCCCGGGACCACAUGGCUCGGCUUAUCGAGUUGAUGCACUCGGCAGUGGGUACACGGAAGCUCCAUGCGGUCGGUGUCCCGUUUUCGAAAUGUGCGUCAGCGGCGGUUUGGUCAGCCCGGAGACGUGUGUGUACUUCGAGAAGUGGCUGGGCCUGAAGGAUGAGGAUAAUGAGGACGAACAACGUGUAGCGGAUGGUCUUGGAGGGGAAGAGUGGGUCCCUCCGAGAAAGAAGGGGAAGGAGGGGAACAAGAGGGCGAAGAUCGCGAUAGGCUACGAUUGA